AAAAAAAAAAAAAGGGGACAAAAAUGUGUUGGUGGUCCAUGAGAAAGUCACCAUCAUCAGAGAAGAACUGUUGAGAUCCUUGUUCAUCGGUACCACCAAGCAACGUUGCUUUCGCUAUACUUCAAAUGGGCUCGAGGAGUAAUCUCUUGGGAAGAUCGAUUGAUUGAUUAAGAGGAAGAACAAACUUGAUUGGCUGCCAUUGAAGCUCCAUCUCUGAUUUCCCCCUUUUUCUUCUCCUAAAUACGCCUAAGAUUUAAACGAUUCAUACCCAGAUUCUGUUUCGUUUUGAUUCACCUCCAUUUCCGCUGUGAUUGAUAGAUUGAUUUGUUGUUGUUGAAUUUGGAAGUGAUUUGGUGGAUUUUUCGAGUUUUUGUUGCUGUGAAUGGAGAUUAGAGUGGGGACUGUUGGUGGAUCCAGUCCAAUCGGGCGUCAAUCGGAUGAUUCUGGACUUGAGUCGCUUCAAUUCUGCGAAGAAAUUCAGGGGUUGAUGACGAUUCCGGCGGAAAAUGCUAGCUCCUUUACGGCACUUCUGGAGCUUCCGGCGACGCAGGCUUUAGAGCUUCUCCACUCACCGGAUUCCGCCGGUGGUGCGACGGCGGCGGUUGUGACGGAUGAUUCCGUUCCGAAACCCUACUUCGGUGCCUUCAAUUGCAAUUUGACGUUCCCGACGAACUCGGCUCUAAUUGAACGCGCUGCCAAAUUCUCUGUCUUAGCCGAAGAGCAUUCGCCGGAUACGACAAGUAAAGUGGCGUUGAAUUUGGAGAAGGUGAAGAACGAGCCCACCACUGAAACCGAUUCGAACCCUAAUCCGUUGCAGACAUUAAUCUCCGAUCCGGCGGUGGAGAACACGAACCAGAGAUCGACGAAGAGGAAGGAGCGCGAGAAAAAGGGAAGAGGGUCAACGAAGAAGAGCAAGAACGAAAGCAGCGAGGCGGCUGAAAAGCUUCCUUACAUCCAUGUCCGAGCUCGCCGUGGUCAAGCGACGGACAGCCAUAGCCUAGCAGAGCGAGCGAGGAGAGAGAAAAUCAAUGCUCGGAUGAAGCUUCUUCAAGAACUGGUCCCUGGAUGCAAUAAGAUCUCAGGUACAGCCUUAGUGUUGGAUGAAAUCAUCAACCAUGUUCAAUCACUGCAGCGUCAAGUGGAGUUCUUGUCAAUGAGGCUUGCAGCAGUUAACCCCAGAGUUGAUUUCAACAUUGAUAGCAUAUUGGCUGCAGAAAACGAACCGAUACUGGAAAGCAACUUUCCGAGCAUGGUUGCGCCAUUGAUGUGGCCAGAAAUCCCAGUAAAUGGAACCAGACAACAAUAUCAACAACAAUGGCAUUUCGAUGCUGCAGUUAACCAGCGAGCGUGGACGAUGGAUGAACAUAAUCAUCAUAAUUUCAGCACCCCCGAAAACUCUCUUUUAAGUUACGACUCUUCAGCGAAUUCAGCAUCUCUGCACUCAAAUCAAUUGAAGAUGGAGCUGUGAAGGAAACAUUAUAUUAUUUUACAUGUAGCUACUAGUAGUGUAUAUAGCCAUAUAUAUAUAUAUGAUAUAUAUAUAUAUAUAUAUAUAUAUGAUAGUAAUAAUAGUAAUAAUAGUAAUAGCAGAGUUAGCAGAGAAGUAGAGAAGUAGAGAAUCUGCCUCCACAUUCAAGUAGUUCUUCUCCAAGGUUCUCUAAUUAUCAUCAGAGUCGAGAGUCGAAAGUCGAGAGCUGAGCAUCGACACCAGAUUGCUAUCAACAACCAGAGAGGAAUGUGAUUUGGUAUCUCCAAUUCAUAAUAUCUAAAUUUUUAUGUGUAUACUAAUUGUGAUUGCAAUUGUUAAAGUGAUUGCUACUUGACCCAUUCCCUUACUCCACUUAUUUCACCAAACUUUGUUCUUCCACU